AUACGUAUGAUAUCGAUGUUUGUCCGCUAAGUCCGCUUGGCUGCCUUUCACUUAUGUUUUUAUUAGAUUUCUCGUUAAUUUACUUAUGUAUUCUCGAAUGUAUUGGUGAAUCCUGAAAUUAAAGAACGUAUGCAGUGUUAAAAUGUACAGUUUUAUCUAAACAAUCGUACUAAAAGGGUCAAAAUGGGUUUGGAUUUUGACGUGUUAGAGUUUUGUAAAAAACUGCGCCAAAACCGGCCUCCGCCGUACCAGUGCCCCUUAGAGAAGUGCGAUAAAGUGUAUAAAAGCUUAUGCGGGCUUCAGUAUCAUCUGGUUAAUUAUGAUCAUGACAACCCGACCCCCGCAACGCCUUCAGUCGUCCACAGAAAGAAAGGCUGGAGAACUAGGGCUCCAGUGCCUACCGGGGACAUUGCACUGCAAAGUCCACCAAAGGAGGCGCUUACCUUCGCGGAGGCCCAGAAAGUGGUACAGUUCGAAAUAGACGGGAAGAUCAGUAGGAUCCCGAUAGACCAGCCCCUGCCUAUAAUGUCGUUGGAAGAGUGGGAAAAGAAGAAUGCGGGGCUGGAGAAGCCGAUCCCGUUCGUGGAGCCUCUGCCAGAGCCCCAUGUCAAGCUGCCUGAAGCUAGUUUUAAGCUGAUCCCAGACUACAAUGAGCGAGUGUGUGAUGCACCUCCACGUCCCAAUGCCUACAUCCGCUUCAUAGAGAAGUCAGCUGAGGAGCUGGAUGGAGAAGUGGAGUAUGACGUGGACGAAGAGGAUACGGCUUGGUUGACUCUCAUGAAUAAGAACCGUGCUAAGCAAGGGCUGCCUGCAGUAUCCGUUGAUACACUGGAGCUGUUGAUGGAUAGGCUCGAAAAGGAGUCUUAUUUCCAGGCAUCUCAAAGUGGUCAACAGACAGCAGCCACUGUGGACGAGGAUGCGGUGUGCUGCAUCUGCAUGGACGGAGAAUGCCAGAACACCAACGUCAUUCUCUUCUGUGACAUGUGCAACCUUGCCGUGCACCAGGAUUGCUAUGGGGUCCCAUAUAUCCCAGAGGGUCAGUGGUUGUGCAGGCGAUGUCUCCAAUCGCCAUCGCGACUGGUCAACUGUGUGCUAUGUCCCAAUACUGGAGGAGCAUUCAAGCAGACCGACCAGAGCACAUGGGCGCACGUGGUCUGCGCUCUGUGGAUACCUGAAGUGAGGUUCGCCAACACAGUAUUCUUGGAACCUAUAGACUCGAUCGAGAUGAUCCCAGCGGCGCGGUGGAAGCUGCAGUGUAUGGUGUGCAAGCAGCGCGGCGCCGGCGCAUGUAUCCAGUGCCACAAGUCCAACUGCUACUCCGCCUUCCACGUCACCUGCGCGCAGCAGGCUGGCUUGUACAUGAAGAUGGAGGCAGCGGGCGCAGGCCGCGACCCCAGUCAGCCCGUGCAAGUUGCCAAGAUGGCGUACUGCGACGCUCACACGCCCGCGCACGUGCUACAGGAAAGGCGAGCACAGGAAUCCGAGGGUGAUUCGAAAAGCACAGACUUGACAGCUAUAAGACAGAAAGGAAGGGAGAAAAUUAAACAGGCUCGUCGAGUGCUAGCAAUGAAGCGCACAUGGGCGCCAGUGGUGCUGGUACCAACAUUACCAGCUGCUAGAGUGGCGCAGGUGGCAGCCCUGGCAAGUGGCCCGCCGGCUGCGCGUGCGCAUCUUAUGAAGCGGCUGCUCGCGUACUGGACGCUCAAGAGGCAUGCGCGGAACGGCGUGCCGCUGUUACGGCGGUUGCAGAGCCGGCCUACGCAGCAUGGUACGCGAGGCAUACAAGACGGCACAGUGAACGUACGGGAACUGUGCAACCAGCUGAAAUACUGGCAGCGGAUACGACAGGACUUGGAGAGGGCUCGGCUGCUAUGCGAGCUGGUCCGCAAACGCGAGCGCCUGAAGGCGGAGUACACGCGCGUGUGGGAGCGCUGCGUGCUGCACUCGCUGCGGCCGGCGCGCGCCGCCCUGCACAAGCUGCUGCUGCUGCUGCGCGGCAAGGACGCCAGCGACAUCUUCUGCGAGCCCGUUGACCUGCUAGAGGUGCCAGACUACAGCAGCGUGGUGAAGCACCCGAUGGACCUGAGCACGAUGGGAAAGAAGCUCGACCGCGGCGCGUACUCCACCAUCGACGACGUCGAGGCAGACUUCAACCUCAUGAUCGACAACUGUCUCACUUACAACAACAAGGACACUGUGUUUUACAAGGCCGGAAUAAAAAUGCGCGAGCAAUGUCUACCCAUCUUCCGCCAAGCGCGUCGUGACGUCAUCGCGGCCGGUAUGACAGAGUUGGCGGGUAAUGGAGACUCGUCCCUAAGCCCGGAGCGCCGCCGCAGAAGCCCCUCCCGCGGUCGACGGAGCCCCUCGCAGAAACGAAGCCCCUCUCGAAGCCGAAGGAGUCCCUCUAAGAAACGGAGUCCAUCUAGAAGUAGGAGAAGCCCGUCGAGGAACCGACGAAGUCCUUCGCGAAAUAGACGAAGCCCAUCAAGGAGCGCCCGUAGCCCCUCCCGACCGCGACGCAGCCCGUCAAGACUCCGCCGCAGUCCCUCGCGCAAACGGAGUCCGUCUCGAGUCCGCAGGAGUCCCUCGCGCAAACGGAGCCCGCUGAUGAACAGACGAAGCCAGUCGCGCGGAAGGCACACCAGCACAGACAGCGAUAGAACUGCAGCUUCAGACAUUAACAGCGAGCGCGGCCUGUCCGUGGCGCGCAGCGUGCGGCGGCAGCCCAGCGUGCGCGGAGACACGGAUGACGACGACACGCGCGACAACUCGCCAGCGGUGUCUGUGUCGGGCCGCGGGCGCACGUGGGCCCGCGGGCGGGGGCGGGGCCGCGGGCGGCGGGGGCGGCGCGGCCGCGGGCGCACGCUGCACACUGCUUCCAGGCUACUACACGAUAAUGAAACCCCCACAUCCGGGUCGGAGACUCCGGUGCCCACGCGCAGCAUGGAUCGACACAAGCUGGCCACGCCCACUCCUGACAAGUCUCCCACCAAGCUCACAGACAGUACCACUCCAGGUUUAGGGCUAAUGGGUGGUCUACGUAAGCCCACGUUGCUGGUGGCUCAGCCAUCUCUCGCGACGCCGCCAAAAAGCUUCGGAUCCGACGAUGGCGCAACUUCGAGCAAAGCGUCUCUGCCGACACUAUCCGCCAGCUUGGGCCGUAGUCUGGAAGGCUCGCCGAAGAAAAAGGGACGCGGCCGCCCGCGCAAGCAUGAUAAGGACAAAUCUUCACCUGAUCUUUUUAGAACAAUCCAAAACGAGGGUAAAUCGGUGUCGACACCGGUACCGGCGUCCUUCCUGCAGUACCGCGGGCCGCCGGGCGAGGCGGGUUCCGACAGCGACCUAGCGCUGUCCCGCUCCUCGAGCUCAACCUCCGCGUGGUCGCAGUCCUGCUCCUCCUGCACGCACUACGACGACGACAACUCGUGUAGCCUCAGCUCCUCCGACCAGUCGAGCUACAACUCGCCGCUGGACUCGCCACUGUCGGGCAGCGGGCCGGAGCGCCGCCGCCGCUCGCGCCGCGCCGCCGCGCGCUCCGACCACUCCGACCUGGACGCGCCCGCCACACCCGCCAAGGGCCGCGGCACUCGGUCCUCUACUUCUAAAACUCCGGUGAAGAGUUCAAAUCCUGAUUAUCAAUUCGAUCCACUGCAGCUAGUUUGGGCUAAAUGCAGAGGCUACCCGUGGUAUCCGGCGCUGAUCAUCGACCCAAAAAUCCCAAAAGGCUUCACGUACAACGGCGUGCCCCUGCCCGUGCCUCCGCAAGACGUGCUCAACCUCAAGAAGAACCAGUCGCACGAACCGAUACUGUACCUCGUGCUGUUCUUCGACGUAAAAAGAACGUGGCAGUGGCUCCCGCCAAACAAACUGGAGCCGCUAGGAAUAGAAAAAAGCAUCGAUCAAGCGAAGCUGAUAGAGUCGCGCAAGCCGACGGACAGGAAAGCUGUGAAGAAGGCGUAUAACGACGCGAUGCUGUUCAGGAAACAAGUGGACGGAGAAGACAAAUGACAAAGGUUUAGAUAUAGGUCUCGCAGGCCUAAAAGCCGGACGUACAGUUUCGGCAACUUCUCCUUGAUGAAUAUUAGGACGCCUGACUCGACAGAUUCCAGUGACUAAGAGCUGGAGUUUUGAUUGGCGAUAGUUUGAUAUCGUACAGGAUUACGAUCUACAUUUUUACUCGUGAAGUGAGCGCUGUCUCAUACAACAACACUAUUUGCCGGUUGAAAUUAUAGCACGCUUCGGCUCAAUUCGGCUCUUAAAGAAAUAUAAGUUUGUACUAAACUACGUGGAAUAAACAUUGAUUGCAAUGACCCAUAUAUUUCAAAAGGGUUAAGCUAAAAAGCCCAGUAUGAUUACUGUGACAUGAUUCGACAAAACGAAAUUUUAAUCUUGGCAUUUUCGACGUAACGAAAGGACGCCAGUCGCAAUUGGAUAAAGGAUACGAUACAUUGUCUUAUUUCGCAUAAAUUGUAACAAUAACAUUGUACAUUAAGAUUGGUAGAAACAAAAAUGUAAAGUCUUGUAUACGGUUGUUGGAUAGAUAGAGGUGUGCUGCGUUGUAAAGUCCUGGAAUAGAUUAUCAAAAUAAGUUCAUAUAGACUGUAGUACUUGAUCAUAAUAUGUGACCUUAAAAGUAGUAUUGGACCUAAGUAAUUAAUUCACUUGAUGCAGUAUAUGUUAUUAUGCAUGUUAAGGAGGUGAUAAAUGUUUGAUUGUGGAAUCGUUUUUAGAUCAAGUAAAUUUGAGAGAGAAAAUAUAACAAAAUUUCGAAUAUAUGUAAGUACCAGCGCACCUCUUAUAAAAGCAUAAUGGUGUAAAUUGGUAUAAAUGUAGAAAUCUAGGGUGUUCGUCCUGUAAUCAUGUGUAAUCAUCUUGUAAAUUGAAUUGUUAUAAAAGUUGUAGUGGGUGCCUAAUAUUUUAGUGUGUUUUUCUUAUAAACAUUAGAAAAUUGUUGUUUUUGCUUACAAUUAAUGUUUACUAUGUUUGAUCAAAAAUAAAACAUUUUUUGAUCA